AUGCCCACGUGUAGUCAGGGAGAACAUUCCUUAGAUGAUGUCGCAGCUGUUCUGUAUGGCGCAUACCCGUACAAAUGGUAUAAUAUAGCGGUAUGGAUUCAUGAUCUUCCAUAUCAGUUUCAAUCUUUUGGUGGCCAACUUUGCUGGGAAAUUGAGGAUUUGUUGGAUGUCUGUGUAAUAGAGAUGCGCUGUGUUCAGCCAUUAGCCGGAUAUUACGUGACCGUUCAAGCAUAUGCGACUGCGCAACUGGAAUAUAUACAACCACCGGAUACGGAGGCCAGUUUUCAAGAGAUUGAAGUAUAUGGCGAAGCGACUGAGUGCGGACAAUAUUUUGGAAUGGCACUUGGCAAACUUGCACGUUUUCAAGUAGACUAUAUUGGAAAAAGAAGGACUACGCUCUUUCAGCUUGACCAUCCUACUGGUAAACGUUUUUUUGACGGACAAGUAAUUGAUAUAGAUCUACUUGCAGUCACUGGAGUGGAAGGAAUGGCCUUUGGUUUUAGCGCUGAUAGAUCUAUUACUGUAGAAGUCAAGCAUGAUCGGCAUAAAAUCUCGGAGACAUCUAAACAGGAAGAACUGGUACUAAAAUCUUUAACUUUGAUUGAAGGCAAAACAAAUACCAUUAUAUAGCACAGAUCGUUUUCAAACUAGUUUCAAAAAAAGCCUAGGCCGUAUAAAUCUCCGAAUUUUCAGUGCUUUUUAGCGACGUGCUUGUCAUGCUUUGAAAGGACUAAAU